AUGGAAAAAAAUUAUAUUUUCGAAAAUUCAAUCUACAAAGAUGAAAAUGAGAAUGAUAAUGAAGAUGAUCAAUAUUAUAAUAAUAAUAGUAGUAAUAACGAUGAAAUAAUUAAUGAAGAAUAUUUAAUAAAAAAAAGAGAAAAAAUUGAAACAUUAUUUCUAUAUCAAAAUUUUCAAAUUGUAAUAACCGAAUUAAUAAAUUUAUUAUAUAAAUUAUAUAGUAAUAAUAAUAAUAAUAAUAAUAAUAAUUCACCAUUACUAUCAUCUAUAUUUAAUACGAACAAUGAAGAAAAUAAUGAAAAUCCAACAACAACAACCAUUUCAUUAUCAAAUAAAAUUUUUGAAUCAUUUUCAAAGUGUUAUCAUAGUUGUCAAAAUGAUACCAAUUGUCAAUGUAGAUGGAUAAUGGAAUUAUUAAUUCAAUCACUUUAUGAAGUGGGUAAACCAUCAGAUGCUUUAAAAUUAGUUAAUAGAUUUUAUCAAGAUGGUAUCUCAAAUACACCAAUUAAUAUUUUAAUUUUAUCGUAUGUAUUAUUAAUUAUUUUUUUAAAAAAGAAUUUCCUUUUAAGUUUUCUAAUUUUUCUAAUUGUUUUUAUUUUUAUUAUUAUUAUUCAAAUAAAAUUAAAUAGAAUUCACUUAUUAGUUUAUUUAAAAAGUUAUAAUGAAAGUAAAGUUAUAAUAAUUGAAGCAUUAAAAAGGAAUAGAAAUGAAUUUAAAUCAGAUCAAUAUGAACAAUUGAUAGAGUUAUUAAUAUUUCAUGUAAUGUUUAGAAUGAAUGAAAUUAAUGAAUCUAUAUCAUUAUUACAAAAUGAUAGCUAUCUUUCAGAUUGGAAAAAGAAUGGUUUCAUAAAGGCUUUAUAUGAAAUGGUACAAAUUAGAGAAUUUGAAGAAAAGAAUCAAAGAGAAUUACAAUUAAAAAGAGAAACUGAAAAAUUACAACAACAAAAUCAACAACAACAACAACAACAAUUAGAAAAACAAUUAAUCAAUGAACAACAACAACAUCAACAACAACAAGAAUUAAAUAAUUCAUCGCAACCACAACAAGAACAAGAACAAUUACCAAUAAAAACACAAUCAAAUAUAUCAAUAAUUAAAGAUAUAAUUAAUGAAUCAAUACAUGAGAUAUUAUCAAUUAGAGAUUUAAAAAGUUUAAAAUUAGCAAUUAAUAGGGUUUUAUUUGCUGUGAAACGUGUUUCAAAUAGUAGAAAUAAUAAUAAUAAUAAUAAUAAUAAUAAUAAUAACUUAAUAAAUACAAAAACAUUAAAACAACAACAACAACAAAAAUUAAAUUCAAAUAAUAAAAGACAAUUUGGAAUUAAAAAUGUACAGCAACAACAACAACAACCAUAUAGAAAUAGUCAACAAUAUCAACAAUAUAGACAAAAUAAUCGAAGUAUUUUAAAUAGUAAUAAUAAUAAUAAUAAUAAUAAUAGUAGUACUGCCAAUUGGGGAGGUCUUAAACAAUUAUUAUCAAAUACAUUUUCAUUUAAUAGGGUUUAA